AUGCCCAAGGCUUGUUCCGAAGCAGCGCUGAGUCUCCUGUCGUGCAUGGAAGAAUCACCCUGCAUGAAAGACCCUUCUCAAAAAAAGACUUUGUAUGAAUGCAUGAAGGAUGAAGUGGAGGCGGAACCCUGCAAGGCGGAACGAAAUGCCUAUUACUUGUGCAAACAUUCUCAGUUGAAUAUGAGAACACGCAUUCGAGGGACACGGACUUAUUAA